AUGUAUCCGGAUGCGCCGCCGCUCGCUCCUCUAGCGUCCAGCAACUACCCACCAUCACCACAGCGUCCAGCGCCCUCGCCAUCCCAGACGAGCAGGGGGCAUGAUCACCUCGGCAACACUCCCGCGCCCGUUCAGGUCCAGGUUCACGACAAGGCACAGGUCCGACAGAGCAGCGAUCAAGCUUCAACGAGGGCCACCGCCGCACCGAUACGCGACUACGAUGUAGAUGCCACGCUCCGACCCUCUCAGGCAUCAAAGGCUCAGGCCUAUGACCCAGGCGCGACGACGGCAUCAGCAGGCACACGGCCCCGCUACGAUCCGGAGCCCUACCGCCCCAGAGAAGCCUACCGCCCCAGCCAGCGAGGGCCCACGGCAUCCGCCCAGCGAGGCUUCUACAUCCCUCCGCCCGGGUACAACGUCACCCCGACCUCUUCCAAGCUCGAGGACGGCGGCGCGCGAUCUCGACAGGAUGCGGCGGCGCAAGCACAGGAGGCGAGCAGUGGCUCCUCAUCCUGCCACUCGAACCCUUCCGCUGUCGACGGCGGUUACUGGCCGAGUCCGCCGCGCGAUUGGCAGCCGCAGCUGCAGCGCAUCGAGGCGCGCCCUGGCCUCGCGACGUACGGCGGCCACGGCGAAUGGCACCCCAUCGAGACUUCGCCCGGCCGGUGGACGUGGAUGCCCGUGAUCCGGACGAGGAGCGCGGGCGAUUCUGGGCUGGACGCCUUCUUUUCGAGCCUCUCGCACAACGACUGGACGGUGCCCCAGGCCAAGCAGAUGCUCACCAGCUGGGCCACGGUCGCCACGCUGCUGGCAGGCACGCAGGGCACGCUGCUGACGCUCUACAAGAGCGAUCUGCACCCGACCAGCGUCGGGUUCGGCUUCGCGGCCCUCUUUCUCGAGAUCUGGGGCGCCAUGACGGCCACCAUCUGCAUCGUCGUCAGCAUCACGCUCCAGGGCGCAGACGAACACGGGGCGGGCCGGCGUUCCGCCAGCAUGCACCGCCGAGGGGCCAACGACGUGUACAGCUCGCCCACGGCGGCGGCGCCAAAGAAGCGACUGUCGAUCAAAGCGGCAUGCAUCCUGGACCGCCUGACGCUCGCGACGGGCUGGAUCGUGCCGUCCGGAGCGAUCCUCGAAGUCAUCGGCAUCCUUGCCUACGUCACCGCCCAACACAACGGCCGCCUCCUGUACGGCCUGGUGACGACCAUGUGCCUGAGCGCCGGCGUGACGGUGUUCGCCAUCGGAGCCGGGUACUACAGCGGGCACUGCCAGCAGGCCAGGCUGCGCGGCGUCGGCGAGGUCCGCCGUCGACCGAUGUCGGAUCGCCACCAAGCCGAUACGGGCGCCGAUCGACGGUACCGUGGGCGGGGGCGAGGCAAACGCGGUGUCGACCCUGACGGCGGCGGCGACGGCCGCGGCGACGCUCCUGGAUCCGAGAAGCGGGCGCGCGGGGGCAACGACGAUGCCGAAGAGGAGCUGGAUGAGCGCGGUCCCGGCUUCUGCGGGCUGCCCUUGAUGGGGUGGAGAGACCACGGCGAGUACGGACCAGACUAUGCUGACAGCGACAGCGACGUCGACGGCGGCGGCGACGGGCUCAAGCUCUUCGACGGAGGACGGGGCCAGGGUCCGGGCCAGGGCCAACUUCCCUCGCCACUCGACGCCGUCGUCGCUUGCUGA